AUGAGCUUUUCGGACCGCAACGACUCCCCCGAAACACCCGAAUCCUCCGGCGCCGGUACGCCUGUUAACUCAAAUCGCGCUUCUGCGUCGUACAUUACCAAUAUGUGGACUGGUCUCAUCCGCCGCUUUUCCAGUGAGGGCUCGUUCCCCAGCCAGGCCGACACCGCCUAUGACGACAACUUCAACUAUCACGACGGCAAUGGCCACAACACAAAGGACGGCAUAAACAGCGUCUUCUCUCCCGUGCGCCGAACAGCUAGUCCCAUGCGUCCUCCACCACUGGAUCCUCUUAUUCUACACGGCUAUCGCCACGGAACACCUUCCUCGGCCAAGUUGCUGAGCGCCGCGGUGGCGGAGGAAAUUCGUACCAUGGUUCCUGAGCGCUUGCGCAUCGUCGACGACUGGAAUCUCAUUUAUAGCCUCGAACAGGAUGGCGCGAGCUUAGCGACGCUGUACCAGCGGUGUCGGCAAUUUGAGGGCAAGCGAGCGGGUUUUGUCCUUGUUGUCAAGGAUCUCGAAGGAGGGGUCUUUGGCGCGUAUCUUUCCGAGUAUCCUCACCCUGCGCAUACGUAUUUUGGCAACGGCGAGUGCUUUCUUUGGCGAGCUUCAACUAUUACACCUCUCCCACCGCCUCCAUCGGCCGACACAACAAAUCUUAACUCUCGAAACACAACGCUCGCUCCACCGCCACCUUCGUCAGAAACCAACACGCCCACACACUCCCGCCCACCGUCACCUACACCCAGCGAAGCGGUGCGGUUCAAAGCAUUCCCAUACAGCGGCCUAAACGACUUUUGCAUUAACUGCGAAACAGGUUUUCUGAGCGUCGGGUCAGGCGGUGGACACUAUGGACUCUGGCUAGACAACGGACUGGAAGUCGGACACAGCUCCAGGUGCGAGACGUACGGAAACGAGCCGCUGAGCGACGAAGGAACCAAAUUCGGGGUCAUUGGCGUAGAGCUUUGGGUUAUGGGCGUAUAA